AAAAUGUAUAUAUAAAUGGAGGAGUUGCUAGCUAGCUUCACAAAGUCCAUAGCAAUUGUGAUCACUUGGUGUGCUACAGCAAUGAGGGGCACUUAUCUUCGUCUUGCACUAGUUGUUCUCUUGUGUUUAGCUCUCCUCAACUGCUUCAAUGCUGUCCCAAUUACAAGAACCAAAAGUCUAAUGCAUGGAAUUCAUGGUCAUGAUGAAGUUUUAAAGAAUACCCAAAUGGUUAAUGCAGUGAAGAGGUGCGGGGUAGAAACCAUGAAGGGAAGGAUGGAUGUCGAGCUCAACGAUUAUCCGGGAUCAGGGGCAAAUAAUCGUCACACUCCAAGGUCACAAACAGGGAACUAGAGACUGUUUUUGAUUGAUUAUUAGUAAUAUUAGCUAGGUAAUUGGUGUUUGUCUGAUCAUCAUCGUAAUUGUAGUGUUAAGAGCAGUUUGUAGACAUAAUUUUGUUCCUUGAUCACUUAUUUAAAAUGUUAGAAAUCAUCCGUAUGUAUUUUAUAUGAGAUGAGAAAUUCUUGAGAGAGAGAGAGAGAGAGUGGAUUUAGAUCAACUUCUGUUCAUCAUAUAUAUGUAUGAAAAUUAAGCUGGCAAUGAGUAUGAUUGAUGUUAAUGAGUU